AUGGCAUUUGGAGGAGCUCCGGGAAAUGGGCUGUUACCUGGACCGUGGGACACCCAGCCAAGAGAGGGAUCCCCGUUAUGGGGAUGGUCAGGGGAUGAAGAAACCCUUCUGUUACUCACUGCAGAGGUCGCCAAAGGCGAAACACAAGAACCUGAAAGGGUGUUGACGGGACCCUGGGAACGGAAGUCUUUGAACCCCUUUGAGACGGACAUGUGGUCGCCCUUCAGCGCUGAGGUUGUUGGUAGUGCUGACCACAACAUGAGCUUGGCCAACAUCAGCAGUCCGAAGGUGUUUCAAGAAGAGGGUCCAGAGAUAUGCAACCAGUACCUGUGCCCUUUGCUACCCCUGUGGGCUCUCAUCCCAGUGACAGCGGUAUGCUUGGCCUUACUGGUCUUUGGUCUGGGUGGCAACAUUUUGACUAUAGUUGUGACCAGCUGCUCCCGGCAACUACGCAACACAACUAGUCUCUACCUGGCUAGCUUGGCCGUCUCUGACCUGCUGCUGCUCUUACUUGGGCUGCCCCUUGACCUCUACCGCCUCUGGCAGUCACGGCCAUGGGUGCUUGGCACAGUGGUGUGCCGCGUAUGGCAUUGGUCAGGUGAAGCGUGUGCCUACUGCUCCAUCCUACACCUGACAGCCCUGACUGCUGAGCGCUAUGUUGCUAUUUGCUACCCACUGCGUGCUAAAGUGCUGGUGACCGAACAACGCGUAAAAGCACUACUGGUGGUCUUGUGGGCCGUUGCCUUGUUCUCUGCUGCACCUUUUCUGUUUCUUGUGGGAGUUCAGCAGGCUGGCAAGGAUGACUUCACCCGUGAAUGUGUCCCCACCAUCUAUGCCAGAGAGACAGGGAUGUUGGAUACCAUGCUCUGGGUCACCACCAGCUACUUUGUGUUGCCCUGCCUCUGCCUCUAUGUCCUCCAUGGCUUGAUUGCAAGGCAGCUUCUGCGGGUCAGCAGGGCACAUCUUGGUGGGACAUCAUACCGGAACCACCGGCAAACAGUGCGCAUGUUGGCCCGGCUCCAACCAAGCCACAGCAGAUGGCGGCAGACAGUGGGCCCUGGCCGGCAGCGUACGGCAGCUGAAGCAGCAGCGGCAGGGCCGGCCAUGGCAGAGGGUGAGGCCAGGGCGAGUGGACGGAGUGCCCCAGCCAGGACGAGCCUCCCUUUCCAGUGCCUGGAGAGGUUGAUCGCAGUGGAGGGGGGCGGGAGCAGCCAUGAUGGCAGUCCAGGCCAGGCUCAGCCUCCCGGCACCGGAAUGUCGACACUGCCCCAUGCCCUUUCCCAGUUCUCAGAGUAG